UGAUGUGUAGUUGUCAUGACCACAGUGUGUUCUCCUCUUCAGGAAGUGUCCAGCUCAUCAGAAGUAGUGGUGAGGACCAGCACCAGAGAGGUCGUCCCUGGCAACCAGCAGGUGACCGCCCAUCAUGAUCAGCAGAUGACUCAUGAUCAAAGAGUCCAGCAUAUGAAUGUGGCCUCCGGAUAUGAAGACCGUUACGAUGAAACAGUCAGGGUCAUCGGACGGGAGGAUUUGCCAAAGGUUUCCACUCAAGCUUUGAAGCAGCAGUAUGAAAAGACGAUUGAGGACGCUGCACCAAGCAAGCAAAUUAAGAUUGAUCUGGACUUCAACCAGUUUCAGUGGGCACCAGUCGCCCAGUCCUCCCAGGAAUCCAGCUAUGAAAGCUUGUCCGCUACAAGGACAGCUGCAGCCUCUUCAUCCUUCACUGCCUCUGCCUCUGCCUCUGCCUCUGCCUCUGCCUCUGCCUCUGCCUCUGCCUCUGCCUCUGCCUCUGCCUCAGCCUCUGCCUCUGGCUCAUCCGUAGCUUACGAGAGCAUGGAACACUUCCCGGCUCCUCCCCCAGACCUAGAGCAGGUGCCGGAAGAUAUCCUCGAGCACUCCCCCUCCCUGCAAUCCCACCUCCAGGCCUCCCAGCAGAAGUAUGCCAUGACCAAGGAGCAGCUGAACAAGCAGAAGAGCUACAAGGAGCUGAAGCGUCUCUGCAAGCACGUGCACCCAGAGGUUCGCGACAACCUGGAGAGAGACUUCUUCAGCGAGGUCACGGAGAGAGAUAUCUCUCACCUGGACAGCGAGGAGGACGUGAGCGGGGAUUUCCAGCAGGCCUGCUACGUGUUUGAGAACAACGGGAGCAGCCCCGGUAAAUGCAUGAGCCCUGAGCGGGAGUACCUGGAGUGGGACGAGAUCCUGAAAGGUGAGGUGCAGUCCAUGCGCUGGAUGUUCGAGAACAAACCGCUGGAUGCUAUCAAGGACGACACCCCGGAUGAAAACGAUACGAAGAACAUUGGCCAGCAUGAGAUCAUCGCCGGGAAGGAUGUCAGAUACGCCACAUGGAUGUUUGAGACCCAGCCCAUGGACGCCCUGGGAACAGAGACCCCUGAUCCCACGGACCUGACUGGGAAGCAGGCAGAGCUGGCCAGGGGAGACGUCCGGACCGCCACCUGGCUGUUCGAGACCCAGCCACUGGACAGCAUGAACAAGAUCUACCAGGAGGACGAACAGACCAUGGAGGUCGUGUUCACUAAGGACAUCACGGGAGGGGACGUGAAAACCGCCAGGUACCUGUUUGAAACGCAGCACCUGGACUCACUGAGCCAGACCGAGACUAUCGAUGAGAGCCGCUUCCUCAACCUGAAGUCGGAACUGGAGGAGAUCAAAGGAGAGGUGAAGACCACCACGAGGAUGUUUGAGACGUACCCAAUGUGUGUCAUCCGGGGAGACUCCGGCCAGAUGCUGGAGAUCACCACCAUCUGCAGGGAGGAGACGGCAAAGGGCGACGUCAAGACCUCCCGCUGGCUGUUUGAGACCCAGCCUCUGGACAUGAUCAACAAGGACCCUGCCAUGGUCAAGCUCAUCUGCGGCGUCUCUAUGGAGGACAACCCUCAGGGGGGGGUGAACAGGGGCAGGUGGCUGUUCGAGACCAAGACCCUGGACUCCAUUAAAGAUGAGGAGUGGGAGAUGUCCAGGAGCCAGAGGGAGGACAUCAUUGGGGCGGACGUGAGGAAGCACUGUCUCGUGUUCGAGACGCAGCCGAUGGACUCUCUGAAGGACGACGCUAAUGCUAGGCCUUUGCCCUCUGAGGAGAUCGUGGGAGGGGAUGUGCGUUCAGCGAAACAUCUGUUUGAGACAGUGCCAAUGGAGAACCUGAAGGAUCUGCCUGAAGUGGGCAAACUCCAAAAGACUGUGGCGGCGGAGGAUGAGAGAGGCGACGUCAGACACCAGAAGUGGGUUUUCGAAAGCCAGCCCCUGGAGAACAUAAGGGAGGAGAGGAAAGAGAUCACACGGACUGUGAACAUCGAAGCUCUCGACAAAGGUGACGUUUCGAAUUACAAGGAAAGGUUUGAGACUCUGGAUUUGAGCAAAUGUGAGGGGACUCAGAGAAUACAAGUUGAAGGUGUUACAAGUGGGUCUGUGAAAACCAACAAGGUUCUGUUUGAAUCCACUCCCACAUACGCAAUGCAAGAUAGCUCGGGUCACUACCACGAAGUUAAAACCGUGCGACGUGAAGAAAUCGUGAAAGGAGACGUCAGAAGCUGCAGGUGGAUGUUUGAAACUCGUCCCAUCGAUGAAUUCGAUGAGAGCAUCAACAAAUUCCAGAUCAUAAAAGGUAUAUCGAAAGAGGAAAUCGAAUCCGGUGACGUCAAAACAGCCAAGUGGUUGUUUGAAACGCAAUCUCUUGACACCAUCAAAUCUUUCAGUCACGCUGAAGCAGAAGAACACAAGGAGACAAAGGAGGGUGUGAAAAUCGAGAAAGGCGACGUGAAGACCUGCCGGUGGCUGUUUGAGACUCAGCCCAUGGAUGUCCUGUACGAAAAGGCAGAAGUGAAGAACGAAAGCGAGGUUCAGGACGUCCAGAAAGGAGACGUCAAAACCUGCACGUGGCUCUUCGAGACCCAGACGCUCGACAACAUCCGUGACCACACAGAGUCGGAGUCCCAGACGAUGCUGAGAACGUGCACGGUGAACCAGGAGGACGUCCACGGGAAGGACGUCCGCCUCGCUCGCUUCCUGUUCGAGACGGAGAACCUGGACAGCAUCACAGGCGAGGACGCCAGCUCUUUCAGGAGAUUGACCAAGAUCGACAUCGAGUCCGGGGACGUCUCCAGGAUGAAGUACAUCUUCGAAAACCGGUCGUCGGACAUCAUGACCUCCACCUCGGAAGAGACCAUGCAGAAGCUAAAGACUCUUAAGGCUGACGACAUCCAGAAAGGAAAUGUGGUGAACUGCAUGUGGCUGUUCGAGAACCAACCGAUUGACGCCAUCCGGGAGAACCCAGAGGAGGGCAAAGACUCCCGCACGGUCACCGAUGUCCAGGGUGGAAAUGUCGACAAAGGCCGCUUCAUUUUCGAAACCUACUCCCUGGAUAAAAUUCAGGAGGAAACCACUGAGACGGAGAUUUCCAACCUCACCAGCAUCAUCAGAGAUGAGAUCGAGCGAGGGGAUGUGAAAAACUACACCAUGCUGUUUGAAACCCAGCCACUUUAUGCCAUAUGUGACAAGGAAGGACACUAUCACGAGGUGACCACUGUCACCAAAGAAGAAAUCAUGAGGGGAGAUGUUGUGGGUGCUCGCUGGCUGUUUGAGACCAAACCUCUGGACUCGAUACGAGACACAGAACAGGUCUACGUGAUCAAAGCUGUGACGGAGGAGGGCAUCAACAAGGGUGACGUGAGCUCCGCGCGUUGGAGGUUUGAAACGCAACCUCUGGAUGAAAUAUCCGAGGACAUGAAAGUGCAGACUAAGACCGUCGAGGACAUUCAGGGAGGCGAUGUCAGAACGAACAAACAACGCUUCGAAUGUGAUGACGCGUCCCAGAAAUACGUGAGGACAGUCAGCGUGAGCGAGAUCCAGAAAGGAGACGUCAGGAGCGCCACAUGGAUGUUCGAAACGCGCACGAUCGACAAGAUCCACGCAGAGGGAUCCGAGUAUGAAGAAAUGGAGAAGGUGACGAAGGAGGAAGUGAUGAAAGGAGACGUGAAGCAGUCCGUGUGGCUGUUUGAAAAGGAACCCUUUGACAGAAUCAAAGAGUCAGACGGGACGGAGACGGUCGCCACGCGUGAGGAGAUCCCAGCGGCUGACGUUAAAACCACAACGUGGCUUUUUGAAAGCACUCCGUUCCACGAGUUCAACAACAGUUGCGUGGAGAAGACUCAAAUAAUGGGGAAGAGCAUCAAAGGCACUCUGGAGGAGCUGUACUGUCAGAAGAUGGUGGAUUCCCAGGGGAUCCUCAUUGAGGCUGACGAGAUAGGGGACGUGAGGAUGGCGAAGUUUAAGCUCAUGAACCAGGAUGCCCCGGAGAUCCAAAGAGAGGAGAUCAUCAGGGGGGAUCUGAACAACAUAAUGAUGAAUCUCCUGAACCGACGGGAGAGCACUGAGAAGGGCAUCGUUGUCGACAAGGAGGAAAGAGGAAACAUCAACUCUGCGGUGAGGCAGCUGUUAACCCAGGAGAAGGGAGUCUCCGCGGAGAAGGAGGAAAUCAUCCGCGGGGAUAUUCAAGAGGCCAUAAACAACCUCCUCCGUGAAGAGGGCUCGUCCAAACGAGGGAUUCUCAUUCAGGAAGAUGAAAAGGGGGAUGUGAGGAUGACCAUCUACUCCCUCCUCAAUAAAGAAGAUGGGGCAGGCCUUGAGAAGGAGGACGUUGUUCAGGGAAACGUAAGAGGGACGCUCCACAGGCUCCUGUCCAACCCAGGGUCAGAGGACUCUAAAAAGAUCAAAGUAGGAGAUACAGAGAGGGGGAACGUCAGCUUUUAUUCCACCUGUAUUGAGUCAGGGGCUUUAGAUUACCUUAAACAGCUUCAGUUGGAACCCAACGAGACCCCGGAAAAGAGAGAGAAGGAAAAGAUCCUUGGAGGGGAUGUUUUCGAAACCAAACUCACACUGACAAGAAACCAACAGCAGAUUGGACGCACCGUGGCCGAGGACGACAUUGUUCCCGGGGACGUUCACAGCACCGUGAAGGUGUUCAUGACCCAAUCAGCUCUUUCUCUGACCAACCUGCAGAGAGAGGAGGUCGUGAAGGGGGACCUGAGAGCAGCUCUGGACUCACUCACUCAAGCUGUUAACCAGAGAGUGGAGGUGGAGAAGGAGGAGGUGGUGAAGGGAGACAUCCCAACCACUCUGCGGUCUCUGGAGGAGGCCCAACACCAGGCCAAGGACAUGGAGAAGCCAGAGAUCGUCCGUGGUGACAUCAGAGGGGCACUUCAGUUGCUGGAGAAGUCUGUCACAACCAAAACUGAAGUCACAGUGGAAGAUUUAGUGCCGGGUGACAUCAAGGGCACCCUUAAGUCCCUGGAGGAGGCCAAACAAUCUGUGAAAGAGGUGGAGAGGGAGGAGGUAGUCAGAGGGGACAUUCACACCGCGCUGCAGAGUCUGCAAGAGGCCUCGAACGAGAAAAAGGUUUUCCAACACCAAGUGAGUGAACAGGGGGACGUGAGAGGGACAAUUCAGCUGUUGCUCGAACCCUCGACCUCCCCGCGCAUGCAGCGCAGGGGCAGCACCGAGGGAGACGUGAAGACCUCCAUCAAAUCCUUGUACGAAGGGCAGGAGCAAGCCCAAGGGGAGAGAGAGGAGGUGGUGAAAGGAGACGUCCAGGGAGCGAUCAAGUGUCUGAUGCAAAGAAAGCAGUAUUCGAAUCCUAAACGCAUGUAUCCUUCCAAGAAAGGCAAAACGACGGUAAGAAAUCCAUUACCCGCACAGCCAGCAGAGCAUAAAUACUCGCAUGCGGCUCAGAAGACUGAGGGGGAAGCAGUCAAUCCAGCACCUGCUGUGAAGAACCUGUCUCAGAGCACUGAAUCUCAGAGCUCCGCACACAGGCAUGUGGAGAGCAAAUCAACGAAAAGCAAGACCGUAACCCAGGAUGACUGUUCUGUGACUGCUGUCAAAACAGUCAACACAACUGAGGCCUCACAACAUAUGAAUGUUAAAGACCAACAGCCUGCGAAACAGAAAAUACCGCCUCCUCCUAAGCCUAUGAUCAUAAAGAAGAAAAACAUGGAUGAAAACAAGUCUGUUAUAGAAAUUAAUGUAGCAGAGGGGGUGCAAAGCACAUCAAAGACAAAUGUGGUUGAGAAACAGACACAGGAAAACCAGUCUGCCAGGGAGACCCAGGCCACGGUGAUAGAGCACAAGAACAUCACACAAGAGCACAAGAACAUCACACAAAAGCAAAGUGUCAAAAACCUCAAAACAGAAGUAAAAACGCAAAAGACAGACUAUCGCAGUCUUGAAACUAAGGGAAAAGGUUUUAUUAAAAAAGCGAAGCCAGAGAUCCACUUCCCCCCUCCUCCGACGUCUCCCCCGCCACCCUCCGAAUCGGAGCUCUCUCUACCUCCACCUCCAUCACCAGAAUCCGGAGGCCUGCUUUCUCCCACGUCUCCCCCCCUGCUCGCAAGACAGGACAGCGACCUCCCUCCCCCGCCCCCUCCACCCCCAGAGGAAUGCCUCAAGUCGGAGCCUGAAUUCUUCCCUCCUCCCCCACCUCCGCCCACCACCCUGAUGGCAGGCCAAGACUUCCUCCCUCCACCACCCUCCCAGCAGGAGCUUAACGCCAUGCCCAAGACCGCUCCACCCCCGCUACCCCCUGGCAAGCCAGGGAAGACCACAGGGAGGCCUUUAUUCAAAAUCCCCAAGCCUGAGCCUCCCAAACAGCAUAUACAGGUCAAACCUAAAUGGCAGAAAAAGCAACCUACAGCGACACCACCUCCUCCUCCACCUCCUCCUCCUCCUCCUACACAGCCAGUUGUAACUGAGACUGUGCACAAGGAGCUAACUAAAACCCAGGAGGCUAAGAUGGAAAUGUCUCAGCAGUCAGAAGCCGUAAACACGCAGGUUCAGUUUGAAACCACAGCUGUGUCCUCGGCUAAGGUGCCCUCGGUGACCCCUGUGGUAAAACUGACACAAGAGGAUUUGCCGCGGCCUCCGAAAAAAGUUUUCAUCCCCCACCUCAAAAUCCCCCCCUCACCUGAACCCGCCCCUACGGCUAAACCUCGGCCCUACGCCCGCAAGUUCAAAACCCCCCUCAUGCUUGCGGAGGAGCGAUUCCGCCAGCAAAGAGAGGAGUUGGAGGCUAACAAAGUCACAACUCCAACUUCCCCACCGACUAAUAUCCAGAUGCAGGCGUCAACGGUGACCUCCAGUGGAGCUGGAGUCUCCUCAGCGCAGCAAGCGGAGAGGACGGAGGUGAUCGUGGAAUCAACACAAGAGAAGCAAGAGCAAGUUCAAACGACGGCCAGCGUGAGCACAGCUUCACAGGACGCCCCGAUUAAGAGACCCCCCUCCAACAUCCCCUUUAACAAGCCCUUGAUUUCUGGGCCGAGAAAGAAAUCAACAACCGAAUCUACAAAUAUUGCCUCUGAUAAAAAGCACGUUGCCGUUAACUCUUCUAUGACCUUUUCAGAAAAACAACUUGCCUCGUUUGAAGCCUCUAAAAAGAGUCAGGAGGUCUCUUCUGCCAAGCAGGAAGCUGUGUCUGUCCCACCAGCCCAGCUUCCUCCUGAAUCCAACAUGAAAGUCCACUCUGGCUCGAAUCGGAUUACGACGUCUGUAGUUGAACAGCAGAGUUCGAUGAAAGCCAGUUCACACUUUGUUACCUCCACACUGAGCACUGCCCAGGAAAAUGGAAAUAUUCAAUGUGCCCUCCCACCGAAAGCUGAGGAGGCAAAGCGUGCUAAUGUCUCCCUCAAGCAGGGGGGGAAAAACACACCCUCACAGCCCACCAAAAUACCUAAAGUUACACCUAGUUUCAAGGUGAAAACAUUUAAAAUGCCCGCAGAGAUGAAAGAGGAGAAAGCUGAAGGAGGGCACAAAGAUCUCCAUGUAGUCAAAAGUGAAAUACACUUGCAGAAAACAGAUAUGGAGAGUAAGAGCGAGACCAGGCUGGUUCAGGAAAGCAAAGCAACAAGCGGUGGUUCAGAGAGAACUGAUGUGAAGGAAGAAACUCAUGUAAAACAUGAGAAAACUGCAGAUAUCGAAACAUCUCCGGCAGUAAAGGAAACUAAACUGGAGGUUCAAAUGAAAAAAGCCAAACAGAUUUCAAAGAAAGAGCAAGCCACAAGGCAGCCAUCUAUUAAAGUUGCCCCUCUGCCUAAAGACAAAACGAAUGCUUGUGUGGAACGACCCCAGGGGCAGGGACACAUGACCGUGUCCCACACUUACCAGGGGACACAUUCAGAACACAGCCAAGUGCGCGAGGAGACAAUCAUCACUGAAAAAGUGGUUCAUCAGAGCACAUCGAAACAAGAGGCAGUCCUCAUAGCCAAGCAACAGGCCAAAUCUUCUCAUCAGCAAAGAGCAGAAGCGAGCAGAACCCAGCAGAUUGAAGAGAGGGUUACGGGAGAGUCAAAGGCCGUCUCAGUCGAAGUCAAUCUGAAUCAGACAGCUGCAGCUUCUGUGGAACUCACGGAUGCAGGGAGAUGUCAAAUAGUGCAGAAGCUGUUAUUUCAAAUAAAGGAGAUUCAAGGAGCACCUGGCAAAAUGGAGUCCCACUCCAUCAAGGCAGUCCUAGGAAGAGUCCCAGACUGGCUGAUGGGAUCUGACGACAGACAGAAAAUGGCCCAGUCGGCUAGUGAGCACAACAAGAAAAAGCUUAAAGAGAUCAUUAUCAGUGUGAGAAACCUCGCCCAAGCAAAGCUCACGUCUCUAGAAGGACACAUAGCAGUUGAGAAAAAGCAGCAAACUGAGAAUACGCCCGAUAAGAACGUUUUCCCAGUCACCAAGAUCUCUAAGUUAAGCAUUGGCUCGUCUAAAGUGGAAACCCAGAAGAAAGCAGUCAGCGAGAGGACGACAACUCAGAUCAAAAAGCAACAGCUGGUGGAGACCGUUGACCCCAGAGUCCCCUCCCCGUCCGUCCGGACCCGAACCCCGUCACCCACCUUCAUCAGCAUCGAAUCAGCCAGGCGCACAGACUCCCCCCUCAGGGUGACACCGUCACCUCCGCUGUCAUUGAAGUCGGCCGCGACCCCGCCUCCCCCCAUUCGCAGGACGGACACCCCCACCUCCCGCUUCAGCGGGGCCUCCCCCUCCCCCACCCUCGGACGCUCCGCCAAGCUGGCCAAGAUGAAGGACACCACCGCCAGGCUCUCACAGGGCAUGACUCCUCCCCCUCCCAUGCCCCCUCCAGAGUUCUUCUCUGAGCUGGCAGGCGAGCGAGAAGGGCUGGAGGAGAGAGAGAUCUGGACGGAGACACUGGAGGAGACAACCAUGGACGUGACCCAGAUGGUGGACUCCAUGCUGACCGUACGGGACAAGAAGGAGUUCUUUGAGGAGGCGCAGAAGGCGGAGGUAAACAAGAUGUACCUGCGGAAGGACCCCAUCGAAAUCCCUGAGCGCCUGGGUCCAGACACGGAGGAGUCUGCUGAUGGGGUGAACGUGGACAUGCUGAAGGUGGAGCUCCCCAGGGUCGAUUUGUCAAAGCUGGUCAAUAAAUUUGAAUCCCCGCAACCGAAAAUCUACGCGAGGAAAGACCCCAUCGUGAUCACGGAGAGACUGGGGAGCGACGUGGAGGAUGCGGAGGCCAAACUCAAAACACCCAAAACGGAGGAAAUGCCCACUUUCAACAUCAAGGCGAUCAAGGACGUCUUCGAGACGGGCGACCACACUUCCCAGGCCGCCAGGGAGCUGCGCAGCAGACAGGAGAGGAGAGAGUCAGAGUGCUCAGAGCAGACCGGCUACUCUGAGGUAAAGUCGGCGAGCGGGCAGUUCUCCGGCGUGGCGAGAGGCGGAGUGCAGAGCACGGAGGCGGAUCAUGGCGAGAGCGCCACGGCUCGCCUCAGCCCCCCGUCGUACGCAGACGUGGUCAGGGGAAACGCUUCUGAUCUGCCGGCUCCGCCCGAAGACUCCACCGAAGACAUGCUGAAGACCUUCCAUCAGUCUUGGGCCGAGAGCCAGAGCGUGUUCCAGAACUUGGGCUUCAACGCCUCCGAGCAGAGGUCGUCGCAGGUCGUCACACGGCAGCAGGAGACGGUGGUGACGGAAAACACGAGUUCCAGAGUCCGAACUGUGCACAGCGUGCAGGAAGAGGGUGUAUCCCAUGGAGUCACUGAUCGCAGACAAACAAAACUUCCAUAAAAACUGCUUCCGCUGUGAGCACUGCAGUGGGAAACUAAGCCUGGGCACCUAUGCCUCUCUCCAUGGACGAAUGUACUGCAAGCCACAUUUCAAACAGCUGUUCAAGUCCAAAGGAAAUUAUGACGA